AUGAAAGAGAAUAAGUCAUGUUCAAAGGAUAACCUGAUUAUUCCUGUUGCACCAGGUGCAUCCAAGUUGGGGCCAACACUUCUAUCUAAUUUCUACAAAGUAACACCGUCGCUGCUCCUCUGCUUCGGACUUCCACUUUGGAGGGAAGAAAGCAUGUGUGAUACAGAUGCUUAUGCCAGUGAUGUAGCUGAAAAUCCAGACCCUGAAGCUGAUGCUGACGCCUUAUGUGGAGAUGAGCUAGCCCACAGUGAUGAAGCAGAAUCAGAUAUAAGGGGAGGGCAUGAACAUAAUGAAGUUGAAGAGAACCAGAGCCAGCAUGUUGACCACAAUAGCAACUUACAAAAUGGGGACCAAGAUGAAGCUAGGAAUCACUUACAAGUUUUUGCUCAGCCAUUAUUGGAUGUAGCCACAGUGAACCAAAGACCACAUCCUAACCCUAACCCUGUGCAUGCUGAGGAUAACAAUGAUAAUGACCAAAUAUGGCCAGAGAUUACAGGAGAAAACAAUAGAAUUGGUGGGGAUGGUGGACUCGAAAAUGCAUCCAUUGCCAUUAAAUUUUUAGAACUGAAAAAGAAGUUACAAUUAGCAAACACGGAAUUAGCUGCCAAAGAAGUCCAAAUUAAACAACUUGAAACAAAGGUUCUUUCUCAGACAGACCAAAUUGAAGUAAUUAAGAUGGAGAGGAAUUCCUACCGUAAAGAAUUGGACACGUGCCAAGGAAAUGAUUUAUACUUGCCACAGAUCAAAGCAUUGGAGAAUAGCCUUGUUCAGAAAGAUACUGAAAUCCGAGCCAUGAAAGACAAAUUAGCUGCUCAAGAGGUUACUGCCAAAAGGACAAUGGCAAAUAUGCAGAGUGAACACAAAGCCCAAAUGGACCAGAUGGCAAAAAUGUGUGAGGAUAGCAAACGAGAGAAGGAAUCAAUGGUCAUGAAAUUUGCUCAAGCUGAGCAUAAAGGUCUUGACAUGCAGAAAACAACAGAAAAACUUGAGACUCGUCUCAAAGAUGUCCUCAAGGAUAAGGACAUCCUUUUGGGUAAAUUGAGCAGUCUCCGAGCAGAAAGGCAAAAAAUCGUUUCACGAUUGGACAACAAGGCAUCAGAGUACGGCUCUCUGCAACGGGAGCUAGAAAAGCAGAAAGAGCUUGUCUCAACCAUUGAAAAUCGCAUGAAAUGGACUCAAAAUAAGCUGUCUGCUGAAAUUGAGUCGCAUAAGGAAACAAAAGUCAUGCUGCAAACAGCUAACACGAAACUGAAGGAAUCCAAAGAAGAGUGUGAACAGAUACGAAGAGAUUGUCAGGAUAUCAUCAAAACCUAUCAGGAAUCAGAAGAAAUAAAGUCAAAUUCUUUGGAUAAUCAGUUGAAAGCAAAAGAGAGUGAGCUUAAAGUGCAGGAACAAGAAAAAAAUGAUCAGCAGGAGAUUCACAGUUUGGUUGUGAAAGAGCUGGAAUCUCUGAAGGUGCAGCACAAAGAUGUCUUAGAAGAGCUGAAGACUAUGAAGGAUAAGGUUACCUGUCUUGAAGAUGAGUGUCGUGACAAAGAAGACACUCUUUCCAAAUUUAAAGAUGUCCUUCAAAACCAGAAAGCUAGGAUUAAGGAACUCCGUACACGGCUCAAAGAACUGGAGGACAUCAAAAGUGAUUAUGAUAGAGGCCAGGUGGAACUUUCUGAAAUGGAAAAAACUCUGCAAGAACAAAAACAAAUAUGCAAAGAUAUUGAGGCAGACAUUGAAUCAUGUAAAAAGAGAGAAUCAGAGCUGCUGGAACUUACAUCUAAUCUGAGUGCCAAAAAUGCUCAGCUACAAUCAGACAAUAUUACUGUAAGUAACAAGGUGCUUUCAUUAGAAGAUAGUUGUAACAGUAUGAAGCUAAGAAUUCAGGAAUUGGAAACAAAAUCACAAGAAUUACAUAAUGAUUUGAUUGAAGAAAAACAAAAACGCCAAGAAGAAACAACUUCUUUGGCUGAGCAGUUACAUGACAAAACAAAAGCAGUUGAAGAGUUAAGUGUUCAGCUGGAAGAAGAAAAAGAUGAUAUGCGUACACUAAAACGGAAACAUGCAAACAACAUUAAAGAUUUAACACGGCAACUCACCCAAUCUCGGCGGAAACUUGAAACUUAUGAAAAUACAGGAGAGAAAGACAGCACAAGUCUUGGUUCGCGAACAAGUUCAAAUGGCUCUCUGAACACAUUGGACAGUAAUGUUAUACACCGAAAUGGCAAUCCUGAUCAGGAAUACCCAGUUAUUACAGAGCAAGUUGAGGUUGACAAACAGGUUCUUAUUGAAAGGAUAGUGAAAUUACAAAAGUCACAUGCACGCAAAAGUGACAAAAUUGAAUUCAUGGAAGACCACAUUAAUCAUUUGAUUGAUGACAUUCAAAGAAAAAAACGGAUUAUCCAGAGUUAUGCCUUGAGAGAAGAAGUUGGUGUCCUCGCACCAGAAUAUAUGGAUAAAAACAAGGUGGUUGUGCCUUCUAGGACUGAUGUUAAGGCCGUUCUGUCCAGGAAGGGUGGCAUCAUGGCUUCCCUCUAUAACUCCCAGCCUGCUGACCAAUCAAUGACUCUUGACCUUUCAUUAGAAAUCAACAGUAAACUGCAGUCUGUGCUGGAAGACACUUUGUUAAAGAACAUAACCCUGAAGGACAGCCUUGAUACACUUGGCAAGGAGAUUGCUCGCCUCUCUCAAGAAAACAGACAGCUUCAGUUGCAGCUUCAAAACAACAAAUGA